AUGUCGGGCAUUCGACGGGUGGACCGGGAGGUGAGGCAGCUGCGCAGACAACGAGAACGUCGUCAGAAAUUGGCCUAUGACUUUGCCAAUCGCAAAUAUCCUUGGACCAUGCAAACACCCUCCCAUGAAAUGGGCUUUACACUAACACCUGAACUGCGAGACGCAUUCAAUGGUCCCAUGGAGCGUGAGAUACUCGAGGCCAUCUAUCACUAUAACUGCAAACUGAUGCUGAUUGAUGCCAGCACCGAGAUCUGUGUCGAAGAUUUCAAACGUUGGCUCAAAUUUCGUCCCUAUGUGCAAAUGCUGGUACUCGUCCGCUGUCCUCGGGUGGAGCGGCAUGUCCAACUACUGAAUGUGUUCCAGACCAUGUUAAUCGAGGAGAAUGCAUCCAAUACCUGGCAUCAGGAACUGCAGUGUUCCCUUCGUGCCGGCCUCAAGGAGGCUCAGAGUCGCGACCUCUUCAAGAACUGUGCCGAUGCGUUUGUUUUCAUCUUUUCACGUUAUCGCGGCAUUUGCACCUGCGAUACCUACAAAAUUCUGCGCCUUAUGUAAAUUGUUAGACAAGUUAAGCCAAGAAAAAAAACAAUU